AUGGCGAACUGGCGAACGCUGGAGGAGCGCAGGAGGGAGUGCAGCCUCCGGAACGCUCGCAUGCACGCGGGACGCUCUCAGCCGGCGCUCGCGCGCGCAGUUGUGAUCUCUGCGCGGGACGAGCGCCCCGCCGAUGUGCCAUCGCGGCUUUCGACCGUUAUGUGGAUUUUCGCCGGCGCGCACAACUCGGAGCCGAAGGGCGGGCCGACGAUGUCGCAGGCGAGACGGCCGUGGCGGCCGGUGGGCUCGACGAAGCUCGAGCUCAUGCCGUGCAUGCGCCGGCGCACGAACCCGCCGCCGGCCGAGGGCGACGCACCCGACGGGGACGCGACGGACGACGACGGAAACGUCGACGUCAAUGACGCGAGGGCGGGCCCACCCCCGUCCCUACCCCCCGCGGGUUUGCCCACCGGCGCUCCCGUCCCGAAUCCGGUGCGCUCCCUCGAGGGCAUGCGUGCGGCGGCGGCCGCCACCCACGUCGAACCCACGUCCCCGCGCGGCGCGAUACGCCCCAAACCCGUCCCCAAGGAUCUCCCCGCGUGCCGGGAGAUUUCGCGCAUGGACGAAAUCAUCGAGCUCCACGGCGAGUGCGUGGCGCGCUGGCACGCCGGCGUCCGCGGCUUUGGGACCCGGGUCUUCACGCACAAAGACUGCGCCGAACACGCGGCCAACACGUGCUGCUGCGCGUACGAGCGGGAGGUGACGACACGCAAGUUACGGGGCGCCAGGGACGCCCUCCACGAGGCAUCCGCCAAGAUGCUCCUCUGGCAACACCGGAUGGCCGCCGCCGCGAGGCUCCGGCACCUUCGCAAGCGGGGGUACCCGGCGUUCAGGGCGUGGCGGAACAGGUCGAGCGGCACCGCGCCCCAGCGUAAGGUCCUCGCGAUGGCGGUCAAGGUGUGGUCCAAGCGCGUCGUGGCAAAGGCACACGCGCGGUGGAGGGAGACGUGUAGGUACCGACGUCGAGCUCGGAACCUGUUGUCGAUUGCGUUGGCGAGUACGAAUCGGCGGUGGUUCACGCGCUGGCGCGACGCCGCCCACGCCGCCGCGCGCAUCGCCCGCAUCACCGACAGGGUCGUCCGCAGGCUCGCGCGCGCCAAGCUGGCGGCCGCGAUCGACGCGUGGCGCGCGCGGGCUCGGGAGUUCAUCUCGCUUCGGCGCCGCGCGGUUUUAGCGGCGAGCCGACUGGGCCGGACCAAACUCGCGGCUGCGUUUGGCGGGUGGAGCGACGGCGUGGCGUGGCGCAAACGCACGACGGAGCUCGUUCGGAAGGUUGCGAAGCGGGUGGUGCUGAGGGACGUCGCGGCGGCGUGGCGUCAGUGGCGCGCGGUGGCGUCCCGAGGUCGGGACCGAAGGUACAAGACUCUGAUGGCGGGCGCGGCGAAUCACGCGGCGGAGCGGGAACAGUGGCUCCUCGCCGCGGAGACCCGGGAGAAGGAGCUCAUACGGGGUUUCCACGAGCAGAUGGAAAAGUCUCGUGCAGAGGCGGAGGAGGAAGCGAGGUGGGCGCUGAGACGAGUGGUGGACGGCGCGAACGAGGUGGCUCGGCGGUUGGAGCGCGAAGCCGCCGAGGCGAGAGCCGCGAGGCCGAAAACGGAUAAAUCGUUGGCGUCGGUUCGGACCAAGGAACGGAGCGACGAGGCGGCGAUGACGGUGACGAACGCUAAAAGAGCCAAGGCUAAGAAGGAGCGGGUGCGAACGGAGGUGAAGGAUCGGAUCGAGCAGCUCCGUCGGAACUUUGACGCCGCGGUGGAGACGGCGGAGGCGCGUUUGAAAAAAGCCGAGGAGGAAUUCGCCGAGGAGGACGCGUUUCUGGAGGAACACGCGGCCAAGGCGGAGUGGGCGGAGCGCGUGGAGAACGCGGAGAGGGCCGCGGAGAGGGCCGGUAAGAUCGCGCGCGCGUCCGCCGUCGCGGCGAACGACGCCAAGCGAGCGUUCGAGCGGCUCAGGGAACGGAGACUGCGAGAGGUUGAAAACGCAGAGGCGUUUGUGGACGAGGAGUUUGAGGCGAUUCGGAGGAAAUUCGCGGAGGCUUCGAAGAAGGCGAGGGGCGGGGACGGGGAGGAGAACCGGGCGCCCGGUCGAGAGGGUGGAGCCGAGGAUUUCAGGCGGCGCCUCGCGGCUCUGUGA